AGGCGCCUGGCGCACCGGCGGGAGCGGAGGCGCGGCGCGCGACCGCCUGCUAGCCCGAGCUAGUGGCCCGGGGAGCCAAGAGGGUCCGCGCCCGCCGGGCGCCGCUGUCCUGGCCGCCAUGUGCUCCCAGCUCUGGUUCCUGACGGACCGGCGCAUCCGCGAGGACUACCCGCAGGUGCAAAUCCUGCGCGCCCUCCAGCAGCGCUGCUCCGAGCAGGACGUGCGCUUCCGGGCGGUGUUCAUGGACCAGAUCGCCGUCACCGUCAUCGGCGGCCACCUCGGCCUACAGCUGAACCAGAAGGCGCUCACCACCUUCCCGGAUGUGGUGCUCGUUCGCGUGUCCACUCCGUCGCUGCAGUCAGACAGUGACAUCACGGUCCUGCGGCACCUGGAGAAGUUGGGCUGCCGCUUAGUCAACCGCCCACAGAGCAUCUUAAACUGCAUCAACAAAUUCUGGACCUUCCAAGAGCUGGCUGGGCAUGGGGUCCCCAUGCCAGAUACCUUCUCCUACGGUGGGCAUGAAGACUUUUCAAAGAUGAUUGAUGAAGCUGAGCCCCUGGGCUACCCGGUCGUGGUGAAGAGCACACGAGGACACCAGGGAAAAGCUGUUUUUCUUGCAAGAGAUAAGCAUCACCUCUCAGACAUCUGUCAUCUGAUCCGCCAUGAUGUGCCCUACCUGUUCCAGAAGUAUGUGAAGGAGUCACACGGAAAAGAUAUCCGGGUGGUGGUGGUCGGGGGCCAGGUGAUAGGCUCGAUGCUUCGCUGCUCCACGGACGGACGGAUGCAGAGCAACUGCUCCCUUGGUGGCGUGGGCGUCAUGUGCCCGCUGACAGAACAGGGCAAGCAGCUGGCCAUUCAGGUGUCCAACAUCCUGGGCAUGGACUUCUGUGGCAUUGACCUCCUCAUCAUGGAUGAUGGCUCCUUUGUGGUGUGUGAGGCAAAUGCCAACGUCGGUUUCCUCGCCUUCGACCAGGCGUGCAACUUAGACGUGGGCGGGAUCAUUGCAGACUAUGCCAUGUCCUUGCUGCCAAAUAUGCAGACUGGGAAGAUGGCCGUCCUCCCAGGACUGUCUAGUCCCAGGGAGAAGAAAGAGCCAGACGGCUGUGCGUCAGCUCAGGGAGUUGCAGAGAGCAUCUACACCAUCAACAACGGGUCUACCUCUAGUGAGAGCGAGCCUGAACUGGGUGAGGUCCGGGGUUCCUCCGCGAGCACAUCAGGGCCCCCGCCGCCCACGCUGCCCACGCUGCCCACGCUGCCCGAACCCAGCUACAACAUUAACAACAGGAUUGCUUCUGAAUUAAAACUGAAGUGAAUUCCUGCUUGUCUGGCAGCAUCUAAGCCAAAUCCUACUGCUUUCCUAGUAGUUUUGAAUGAAUAAAAUCUGGGCUAAUGUGAUUUCAUUUGCACAGAAACUAGAAAUCCCAUCUGGGCACUCGGCAUUCUUUCUAACGAUGAUUUAAGCAAAUGGCCUAGCUUUGUGGUUUUUACAAAGACUAAUCUAAAAACACUCACCAAGAACAACAUCCUGGCUGAUCAAUUUGGAGCGAGGUCUGCUCAAGCACUUGGAUAUCACAACUUAUUUUAAGGCGCUGAUUCUGUGCUGCCGCUUCUGGCUUUUAGCAAUAGAGUCCAUUAACUCGUAAAGGCUCCUGGAAAUACUGUCCUCAAAAGCAACCUCCGGAUGGAGGCAUGUGCAGAAGAGGUGGAAUGUGACUGCAGUUACGUGCUUUUCGUUAAGAGUUGUGUGUGUGUGUGCGAGAGAGAGAUGCUUGGAGAAUACACAGUUCGAAUAGUAAUUAGAGGAUGGAUCUCUGUUCCCCAUCAAUCACCGUUUUGACCAUAUUUCUAUGACACUCAGGAUAUGGUGUUCUAGGGAGCUUCCUCAUUAGCAUUUUCAAUGAAGCACUUUGUUGAAAGUAAAAUUGAACGUUCUUCAACUUCACUGGUUGGCAGAUGUCCUGCUCUGUAACUGGGGCGCUCUACAAAUCUCUUUGCCAUUCCACAUUCACAGACCCUGCUUCAACCAACGCCAGCCCCAGCAGCCUCUUGCACCUUUGCUGCCUUUGGCCUCAGCUGGAAAUGCACUUUAAUGAGCUAGUGGCCACACACUUUAUUUCUUAAGCAUGCACUAGAAACAAACACCAUGGACUUUCUUUUCAGUGGACAAUUUUCCCGUGUCAUCCAGAAGCCAUUGGUUUAUAUCAUGGAAAGCUACUGGAAGAUAAUCAUCUUCCCCCUCCUCUACUGAAGCUUUGUGUACUGCUUAGCUGUAGGAGGGGUUUUUUUGUCUGAGUUGGUUUUGCGGGCUUAUUAGGUAGAAACAGCCAUUGGAAAUACAGUCCAGUCCCCUUGAUAUUCUAGUCUAAUCCAGGUUCCAGAGACCUGUCCUUACCCACUUUUCCAAAUUGGGGAGACUCAAGUACCAGGACUUACUCAUUGCACAUUUUGGGGGGAGUUAGAUAAUGACAUGACACCAAGUGCUUUUCAUUUCAACUCUUCAAGCAGUAGAUGAUGAUCCUUCCCGUCCGUGGAAGCGGAGUGCUCCACUUCUGCUGUACAAAGUAUGACUGGAAAUGAGCAAGACCACCUUUUUAACCAAAUCACACGCACUCAAGAGCUACCAUAAUCAGGGUCAUUUCCUUGGGAGACCAUCCUCUUGAGCUGCGAUGUUGCAUGUGCCAAGAACACACAGAAUCCCUGUUUGGAGUUAUCUUUGAAAUGAUGCAAGGAAAGAGGGCUUACAACUUCAUAGUCAGGUCUUUUCUUUUACACCACCCCUCCCCAGAGGUGGUCCCAAGUCCAUCACCCAUUUUAUUUAUCGGACUUAUCUUCUAAUGCUCUGGCUGUUAAAAAAAAAUCACUGGAUGAAAAAUAAAUCUACCCUUGUGGGACAAAGACUUAACAACACUGAGAAAGCUUUUAAGGAGACAGUUUUCAAGGAUGGCUCUAGAAAUGUUCUGAGUAAGGCCGGCUUCACUAGGCUAAACACACAUCUUCCCAAGGUGACUACUUCGAAGGCAGCAACACCCAUCUGGGGGCGUAAACUCCUGUACUUGUUCCACUGUCAAUGUGAAAUAUGUAUAAGGUCCAACAAUUCCAUUGUUUUCACAAAACAUGUAAGUAGAAAUUGGCUUUUAAAAUACUGUGGCUAAAAUCAGACCUCACCAUGUAACGGCUGUACAGUUGGAAACUGUUCCGUACCGUGUGAUGGAGAUGCCACACUACACGGUCCAGCAUAGGGCACAUGCUCCUCAACUGUAACUCGAGUGAUGUGUCCUGUAGAGUUGGAAAUGGUAAUCCUUCACCUUUACAUGGGUCAAGACAUGUAUCUUAACGUUUACCACUCAGGGUAGGUUUAGAAGGAUAGUUCUAGGUCUGUCCUUUCUGGAUUUGGCCAGAUGCUUUCUUCGUCAGCAUCAGAACCAGGUGAUAGCCUUCUGGAAGCUGCAUUCACUCAUUCUCACUGUUUAGUGUAAGCCCGGCCUUCUCACUUUAUCUAAAAGCAUGCUCAUGGGCCCUAUCCUGAACACAGCAGCUAGAGACUGCGUCCAGAUUUGUCAAAGGGGACUCGUUUUCCAGCUGCUCGUGACAUCUGUAGUCAUUGGCAUCGUCACUUGGAACCUAGCCCUGUCUGGAAGCAGAGAAAGCUGGAUCACAGCUGGACCGCAGCCCCGCUCCAGGGUUUUCUGCACUGGCUGUGGACUCUGCGCCUCAGUCAGGCGGCUGGGCCACUGUCCCAGCUGCCCAGAAGGCCUGCUGGGAGGAACAUGGGCACAGAGCCAGAGCCAGACUGUGGCUCUGGCUCUGGCUCUCCCCUUAAGCAGCCGAUUGAACCCAUACGAUCAGGUGGUCUCUUUGCCUCUGUUUUUCAAUUCUUCAGGUAGGGAAGGUGCCCAUUCUGCUUACAUUUUGAGGGUACUUUGAAGUUGGAAUUCAUUCAUGAGACUGCAUUAUAUGGGAGGUGGUGGAGGAAUACCCUCCACAUCUGGUUUUAUAACAGUUGCUCAUCAUUCCUCCUCCAAGUUCAGGAAGAAAGAGGCCGUGAAUUCUGGGCAUUAGCACACUAAACAGUGGUAGAGGCCCUAAAAAAAGGAUGCAGUUUCUCAGAGGCUUCACAGCCUGGAAGGAGUAAGGCUCGCAGUGUAUCCAAGCAGCCGGCUGGGUGUUGCUGUAUCUAACCUAAAACUCUCGACUCCUGUAUACCAACUAACAGUCUUCUGUAACAACUUGCAGUGUCUGUGUACGGUCUUCCCAUUAUCUAGUAAUAGCAUCUUGAAACUGGUCAAAACUUGAAUGCCAAUAGCUCAGUCACUCAGAAUAUAUACGAUUCUGUAUUGGGAAAAAUGUCUUUAUGCUAUCUGUCUGAUUGGUGAUGGGUCUGGGGUUGCCAGAAUGUGAAUCUGGGGCUUUCGGUCUUUAGGAUGUGAUAAGCAGCAUAAGUGGAUGAUAAGCUACUAGUGCCACAAUCACAGGCUCGUGGCUCCCAGCUGAGAGGGCAUCCCGUGACAGCUGGGCACAGGGUGAAGAGAAGGAGAAAGGUCCGGGGUAGUUUUAUGACACUUCAGUGAGAGAGAAGGAAUUGGGAUCAUGUGGAAUUCUAGUGGGAAGAAGGAAGAAAUGGCUGUUCUGUGGGUUGUUUUAAUGAAAGAAUCAUGGAAAUAUAUUGGUAAGAGGUAGGGGUCUAUUAAAAUUAUUCUGCAUAAAUAGGACACAUGGGUUCCCAUCCACCUCUGUUAAAAUGGGACAGACAUGCCUCAUUCCUUCUUUAGGGCCUGAUAGCUGCUGGUCUUGAGAGCACUCUGAAUGUAAAUCAGAAGGAGAUCGAAGCAGGUAACUGGUGCUUCCAAGAUCGUCCAAGUCCUAGCUGACCCUCCCUGAAGUGAAUGGACCAGAAUCACCUGUGUGGGGAAGCCCGGAGCCAUAGCUCUCUGGGGCGGGUUUAAGGUCAUUUCAGAGAGUGAAUCCAAAGUCAGUAAGACAAGCCACUUCAGCAUAUCACUUUCUUUUGCCCCUGGAGGUGAGGCUUCCAUUUGCUGUCAGUCUGUGCAGACAUUUUGGGAAGAGCACUGACAACAGCCAUCCUUGUCACUGCCCUUGAAGUUGGUGUUCUGAGACCUGCUGCUGUAGCCUGAUAGGAGCCCCGGUGCUGUUUCUGACUGCCUUUGAGACUCCAGAUGCGAUCACGGCCUUCAAGUGUUUCACCUGAAAGACCAUCCCUCUCAGGAAUACAUUAUUUUAAUCCUUUCUUAAAACUAUUAUACUUCCAUUCCAGGUCUAUGGUUGGACCCUGCAGCUCUCCCUCCUGAAAUUCACAAAGCGGAAUACAAAAAUGUUCCAUCAAGCCUUUCCGUUUCCUUCUCCAGGUGUGGUUCCCGUGCCAAAAUGAGGCACUCUCCUGGGCCUGGUGCUGGCAUCCCAACCAGGUAGCAGUCUUGCUCUGUCGUUUCCUGUUUGCUGAGGCUCCAAGGCAACACUCAGUCACCUGCUGAGCCAGAUUUGAGGCAACAGG